AUGGCGAUCAAUAGUGGCGCCGUUCCGGCCCUUACGCCUGUGCACUGGUUUUCGCACGGAUCGACUAUGAUGCUAGGUGAAGAAAGUGAUGCAGCUACGUACUGGAAGAAAGCUGGAGACGAAGCACUCGCAAAUGGCAUCAAAGGAGUCGUUAUGAUGGGCGCCCAUUGGGCCGGUCUGAACGACAAGAUAAUGGUAGCCACGAAUCCGAAACCAAAUAUGUCCCCAGUCGCAUAUGUACACCCUUCAAAGUAUACCAACUACAAGCUGAAUCCCGAUCUGCCGACCUCAAGACGAUGCAUUCAAAUGCUGCGUGAUGAAGGAUUUGAUACCGACGAAGACCCAAAAUUCGACUGGAUUCACGAUACGUACCUUGUUCUUAUUCGCAUGUUCCCCAACGGUUGUCCACCAACCACUCUGAUCUCAAUGAACGCUCGCUACGAUCCGCACUUCCAUGUGAGAAUUGGCGCUGCACUGCGUCCACUCCGCAAAGAAGGCUACCUGAUUAUCGGCUCUGGAGGAGCAGUUCACAACCUCUACCGCAAUGUAUGGCAACCUAUGCUCAAGUAUCGUAAUAACUUUGCCCAAGAGACCCCUCCUGAGGCAUGGGCGCUAGAAUUCCGUCAAUCCGUGGAAGAUGUGGUCACUCAGAACUCGGGGCCGAAGCUCCGGAGAGGCUUGACCAGGUUGAUGAAGCAUCCCCAAUAUCGAGAUGCGCAUGCAACGGACGACCAUUAUAUGGCUGGCUUGUUCGUUGCCGGCGCGGUUGGGGACAAGGAGGAUGAAGGGGUCUAUGGACGCUUAUGCGCUGAAACGUGGGAGUUGACGAACAUGUGCAAUUCACAGUUUACCUAUGGCACUUAUGUGGCGGCUAAAGCAUAG